CCUCAGCUUUCACUCCAAACCCUAACCAACCGAUCUCUUUCGCCGAUCCCAGAAACCUUCUGAAUCGUUUAAUUGACGCUACGCCGUGGAAUCUGGGCGAAACAAAUCCACGAUGGCAGCCUCCACCACCAGCCAGGUCUACAUCCAGGUAAUCGACGAUGUCGUGAACAAGGUCCGCGACGAGUUCGUCAACAACGGUGGUCCCGACGACGAAGUUCUCAAGGAGCUUCAAUCUAUAUGGGAAUCGAAGAUGAUGCAAGCUGGUGCCAUUGUUGGUCUCAUAGAAAGGUCCGGGGCGCCUAAGCCAACGCCUGGUGGUCCAAUUACUCCGGUUCAUGAUCUUAACAUGCCUUAUGAGGGGACUGAGGAGUAUGAAACUCCCACAGCGGAAAUGCUUUUCCCCCUUACGCCAUUGCAAACUCCUCUUCAAACCCCUUUACCAGGAACUGUGGAUAACUCAAUGUAUAACAUUCCCACUGGACCUAGUGACUACCCGUCUGCUGGAAAUGAGCCUGGUGCAAAUAACGAGAUAAAAGGUGGAAGGCCUGGUCCAUACAUGGUAAAGCUCAUUUUGUGA